AUGGAGUCUGUCAGCCAUCUUCCCGCAAUUUUAGCCUCCAUUCUUGGAGUACUGUGUCUUCACUUCGUCUAUAACCGUCUGUCCAGUCCACUCGCGCGGAUCCCAGGUCCGGCUAUCUCUAAAUGGACCGAUCUUGUUUACAUACAUUAUUGGUUCGCCGGGAAGGCCCCAAACUAUGUUCAUAAGCUGCAUGAGAUCUAUGGUCCAAUCGUUCGAACUGGCCCUAACAGAGUCGAUAUCUGCAGUGUCGAUGCUGUGAAAGAAAUACAUAAGACUAACUCACGCUUCCUCAAGUCCCCUUGGUAUCGCACGCUCGUACCAAACAACAUAGAAACCGUCUUCUCGACUACCGAUCCGUAUUUCCAUUCUGCCCGCCGCCGUCUACUAGCAUCACCAAUCUCCGACACCUCACUGCAUCAGCAUGAAGAGUUAAUUACAGGUCGGGUAAAAAUGACGAUCGGCAAAAUGGCAGAAGAGACACAGACCAGUGGUGCCACCGACAUAUUCAAGUGGUGGCUGUUCAUGGCCACCGACAUUAUUGGCGAACUUAGCUUUGGAGAAUCUUUCCGGAUGCUAGAAGCUGGCGAGGCAAGUAAUACGUGUAUUCAAAAGUGCCAAACUUCAAAAUCAGUUCUAAUACCAAAACAGAAAUCUCAAUACACUUUAGAUCUGGAAGGAGUUUCAGCAUUCCAACCGAUUCGAACAACAUUCCCCAACCUGGUUCUCUUCGGCAAAUAUCUGCCUUUGCCAGUUCUUAAGCGCACUGUAGCAAUUGGGAAGCGAAUGCGCAUAUAUGCAACACAGUCCAUCGAGCGAUACAAGAAAAUACUCACGGAAAAUCCCUCCAACCCGAAGAAGACACUGUUUACCAAGCUAUUCGACACCGAGAAAGGCGGCCUUACUGAUGACGAAAUCCAGAAAGAGGCUCAGGGGUACAUAGUUGCAGGAAGUGAUACCACUGCUGUUACUUUGACCUACCUUACCUACGCUGUCUGUGGAAACAGACGAAUUCGAGACAAGCUGGUCGCCGAGGUGUCAGCAUUAUCUGAGCCGAUUCAUGACAAUGAUAUUCGGAAUCUGCCGUAUCUAAACAUGGUCACCAGUGAGGCCCUUCGGAUUCACACGGCUGUUCCUUUUGGUCUUCCUCGUUCUGUGCCUUCGGAAGGGGCUAGUUUCAAUGGAUACUUCCUUCCGAGUGGAGCGACGGUGUCGACGCAGUCUUAUAGUCUACAUAGGGAUCCUACAAUCUUCCCCGACCCAUACACGUUCAACCCCGAGAGAUGGGAGAACCCGACCAAGGAAAUGAAGGAUAUCUCCAUUCCAUUUGGUGGUGGAUCACGCAUCUGUAUCGGAAUGCACCUGGCCCGUAUGGAGCUUCGCUUAGGAUCAGUCCUGUUUUUCCGAGAAUUCCCAAAUGCUCAACGAUCCGACAAAGAGGGGAUGAGCGCAAAGGACAUGGAAAUGCAAUCCUUCUUCUUGAUGGCACCAAAGGGGCAUCGCUGUCUGAUUGAAACGAAGUGA